AUGGGAGACACCCAAAACACAAAAAUGCCCGGCGCAGAGAAACUCACAGGCUCAUCUAAGCGCAAGGCAUCCGACCCACAAAACUCAGGGAUCCAAUUCACCUCUCGCAACCCCCCAUGGACGUAUCUCAGACUCCAGCUGCACCUGGAUAAUGCCUUGUCGCAGCCAUUAGAUGCGCUGUCUGCAAGGACAUAUCUUUCUUCUGCAUUUUCACAGUACCUAGGACUGACAGGGACGUCUAUCUCAGUCGACAUUCUCAAGGUCGAGCACAACAGCUCCUCGCAGCCUGGGCCCAAGGGGGACUAUGUAUGGAUCCGCAUUCCAUGCGGUGAUGCGGCAGCUGUGGUCGCAGCGCUCAGCUCCUGGGUUGGGGGGAGCAAUGGGUUGAAUUAUGCGUGGAGGGUCUGCGCUAAGGGAAAUUACCUUAGCGCGCUGGCUGCUGGGUCUGGCGCUGAUCUUUUUGUGCCGUGA